CGUGUGUUAUCACGAAAUUUCAGCGAAAAUCGUGAUAAGUUCACAGAGCUCAGUCAUUCACACGUUGGAGGUGGAAAGAAAAAACGACGAAAGAGACGUGUGCUGUUCACGAAAGCACAAACCUAUGAACUAGAGCGACGAUUCCGCACCCAGCGAUAUCUAUCAGCACCAGAGCGUGAGCAGCUAGCCAUGCAAAUUCGUUUGACACCGACUCAAGUGAAGAUAUGGUUUCAAAAUCAUCGGUAA